AUGGUGGUCCCAGGACCCCUGGCUGUCACCCUGUUGCUGCCCAGCCUCAUACUGCUAGUGUUCCACCUCUCCAGCUCCCAGGACAUCUCCAGUGAACCCAGCAGUGAGCAGCAGCUAUGCACCCUGAGGGAGCACCCCAUCGUGGCCUUUGAAGAUCUGAAGCCAUGGGUCUCUAACUUCACCUAUCCUGGAGCCCGAGAUUUCUCUCAGCUUGCCCUGGAUCCCUCCAGGAACCAGCUCAUUGUGGGAGCCAGGAACUACCUCUUCAGACUCAGCCUCGCCAAUGCCUCCCUCCUCCAGGCCACAGAGUGGGCCUCCAAUGAGGACACGCGCCGCUCCUGCCAAAGCAAAGGGAAGACUGAGGAGGAAUGUCAGAACUAUGUGCGAGUCCUGAUCGUCACUGGCCGGAAGGUGUUCAUGUGUGGGACCAAUGCUUUUUCCCCAGUGUGCUCCAGCAGACAGGUGGGAAACCUCAGCCGGACCAUUGAGAAGAUCAAUGGCGUGGCCCGCUGCCCCUACGACCCACGCCACAACUCCACCGCUGUCAUCUCCUCCCAGGGGGAGCUCUAUGCGGCCACAGUCAUCGACUUCUCAGGUCGGGACCCUGCCAUCUACCGCAGUCUGGGCAGUGGGCCGCCACUUCGCACUGCCCAGUAUAACUCCAAGUGGCUCAAUGAGCCGAACUUUGUGGCAGCCUAUGAUAUUGGGCUGUUUGCAUACUUCUUCCUGCGGGAGAACGCAGUAGAGCAUGACUGUGGGCGGACCGUGUAUUCUCGAGUUGCCCGUGUGUGCAAAAACGAUGUGGGAGGCCGCUUCUUGCUGGAGGACACAUGGACCACGUUCAUGAAGGCCCGGCUCAACUGCUCCCGCCCAGGCGAGGUCCCUUUCUACUAUAACGAGCUGCAGAGUGCCUUCCACCUGCCUGAGCAGGACCUCAUCUAUGGGGUCUUCACCACCAAUGUAAACAGCAUCGCUGCUUCUGCUGUCUGCGCCUUCAACCUCAGUGCCAUCUCCCAGGCUUUCAACGGCCCUUUUCGCUACCAGGAGAACCCCAGGGCUGCCUGGCUCCCCAUCGCCAACCCCAUCCCCAAUUUCCAGUGUGGCACCCUAGCUGAGGUGGGCCCCAACGAGAACCUGACUGAGCGCAGCCUUCAGGAUGCGCAGCGACUGUUCCUCAUGAGCGAGGCCGUGCAGCCAGUGACACCUGAACCCUGUGUCACCCAGGACAGCGUGCGCUUCUCACACCUCGUGGUGGACCUUGUGCAGGCCAAGGACACGCUCUAUCAUGUGCUUUACAUCGGCACCGAGUCAGGAACCAUCCUGAAGGCACUGUCUACUGCCAGCCGAAGCCUCCGAGGCUGCUACCUGGAGGAGCUGCGCGUGCUGCCGCCGGGGCGCCGCGAGCCCCUGCGCAGCUUGCAGAUCCUGCACAGCGCCCGCGCGCUCUUCGUGGGGCUCAGCGAUGGCGUGCUGAGGGUUCCGCUCGAGAGAUGCGCCGCCUACCGCAGCCAAGGGGCAUGCCUAGGGGCUCGGGACCCGUACUGUGGCUGGGAUGGAAAGCAGCAACGUUGCAGUACCCUUGAGGACAGUUCCAACAUGAGCCUUUGGACCCAGAACAUCACAGCGUGUCCUGUACGAGACCUGACACAAGAUGGGGGUUUUGGCCCAUGGUCACCAUGGCAACCAUGUGAGCACUUAGAUGGAGAUAAUUCAGGCUCUUGCCUGUGUCAGGCCCGAGCCUGCGACUCUCCUCGACCCCGCUGUGGGGGCCGUGACUGCCUGGGGCCAGCCAUCCAUAUUGCCAACUGUUCCAGGAAUGGGGCAUGGACCCCCUGGUCAUCGUGGGCCCUAUGCAGCACGUCCUGUGAGAUUGGCUUCCAGGUCCGUCAGCGAAGUUGCAGCAACCCUGCUCCCCGCCACGGGGGCCGCAUCUGCGUGGGCAAGAGCCGAGAGGAGCGGUUCUGUAACGAAAACACGCCCUGCCCAGUGCCCAUCUUCUGGGCAUCCUGGGGCUCCUGGAGCAAAUGCAGCAGCAACUGUGGGGGUGGCGUGCAGUCACGGCGGCGGUCCUGUGAGAAUGGCAACUCCUGCCCGGGCUGCGGCGUGGAGUUCAAGACGUGCAACCCAGAGAGCUGUCCCGAAGUGCGGCGCAACACGCCGUGGACGCCAUGGCUGCCCGUGAACGUGACACAGAGCGGGGCGCGGCAGGAGCAGCGCUUCCGCUUCACAUGCCGCGCGCCCCUGCCGGACCCCCACGGCCUGCAGUUCGGCAGGAGAAGGACAGAAACAAGGACCUGCCCCGCGGAUGGCUCGGGAGCAUGUGACACUGACGCCCUGGUAGAUGACCUCCUGCGCAGCGGGAGCACCUCCCCGCACACGCUGAGCGGGGGCUGGGCAUCCUGGGGCCCCUGGUCGUCCUGCUCUCGGGACUGCGAACUGGGCUUCCGUGUUCGCAAGAGAACGUGCACGAACCCGGAGCCCCGCAAUGGGGGCCUGCCGUGUGUGGGCGAUGCCGCUGAAUACCAGGACUGCAAUCCUCAUGCUUGCCCGGGUGAGGACAUCUGUCUUGGCCUGCACACGGAAGAGGCACUGUGUGCAACACAGGCCUGCCCAGAAGGCUGGUCGCUGUGGUCUGAGUGGAGUGCAUGCACUGAAGAUGGAACCCAGAGCCGCAGCCGGCACUGUGAAGAGCUCAUCCCAGGGCCCAGCUCCUGCACUGGAAACAGCAGCCAGAGUCGCCCCUGCCCUUACCGUGAGAUUCCUGUGAUCCUCCCUGCCUCCAGUGUGGAGGAGGCCACCGGCUGUGGAGGGUUCAAUCUCAUCCACCUGGUAGCCACAGGUUUCUCCUGCUUCCUGGGCUCUGGGCUCCUGACCUUGGUGGUGUACCUGUCCUGCCAGCACUGCCAGCGCCAGUCCCAGGAGUCCACACUUGUCCAUCCUGCAACCCCCAACCACCUGCAUUACAAGGGUGGGGGCACCCCCAAGAAUGAGAAGUAUACACCCAUGGAGUUCAAGACCUUGAACAAGAAUAACCUGAUUCCUGAUGACAGAGCCAACUUCUAUCCAUUGCAGCAGACCAAUGUGUAUACAACCACCUACUACCCAAGCCCACUGAACAAACCCAGCUUCCGGCCUGAGGCCUCACCUGGACAACGGUGCUUCCCCAAUAGCUGA